AAAACUUUGUUUUCUUCCCAGAGUUCAGCAGGGGGAGGAUCGCCCAUGCAGGUCCAUGCGGUCCGGUUCGGUCCGGGUCAGGAACUGCUGGGAUCUCUGCAGGCGUUCGUGGAGGAGAGGCGACUCCAAGCCCCGUUCAUCAUCACCUGCGUGGGCAGCGUUACUAAGGCAACACUCCGGCUGGCAAACGCCACAGCCACAAACACAAAUGAGGUGAUCCACCUCACCGGGCGGUUUGAGAUCGUCUCCCUGGUCGGCACGUUGAACCCAGAAGCUCACGUCCACAUCUGCCUGUCGGACGGCGAGGGCAAGACCAUCGGUGGUCAUGUGAUGGGGGAUCUGGAGGUGUUCACCACAGCUGAGGUGGUCGUCGGCGAGGCGGUGGACCUGCGGUUCAUCCGGGAGAUGGAUGAGCGGACGGGUUUCCCUGAGCUGGUGAUUCAACCAUGCACGGAAAAAAUCAGCCUGACUGAAGCUUUUGUUAAGUGAUGGCAUGUUGGUGUGUGUAUGAAACAUUUAAAAGCAUUUAUCGGGUGUGAAGGGCGGUUGAAGUUACAGCUGCAAUCAAUGUAUUGUUGUUUCUUUUAUAAUAAAGUUGAAAUUCAGUCA